AUGAUUUUCACGUUUGAUUUAACCAACGAAACAUCCUUUCCUGGCUAUGCUGGAGCAAUUAUUUCCGAAAAUUUCAUAUUGACAUCAGCAAGUUGUGCAUAUUAUUGUAGACAAUCAUCGGAAUCGGAAUGUUUUGUAUUCGUUGGUAGAGUUGACGGAGAUUUUGGCGGACAAUCAGUUGACCUUCUGAACACAAUUUGGCAUGAAUCGUGGGAAGAAGAUUCGAGAUUCGAUAGGAUAGAUAUUGGUAUUUUAAUGGUGAGCACCAUUGAGUUUUCGGAAAGUGUACAUGCGAUUGCAUUGCCACAGCAAGAGCUAACGGGAGAGACAGAAGUCACGAUCACCGGAUGGGGAAAAUACGGCAUUCUGGAUUCACCCUUUCCGUUGCAACAUGCAAACGUAAUGGCGGUUUCCUGUAAUCAUUCGGAACAAUAUCGAGUCAAACUGGCGUGUACAACUUCAGAUAUAGCAUUCGCUUGUAACGAUGAUGGCGCUCCAUUGGUUUACACUGAUCGAGAUGAAUUGAUUGGAAUUGGAUCCGUGUAUACUAGAGUUUGUCAACCAGAGGGUAGCCAAUAUGUUAGAGUCUAUCCGUAUUUAGAAUGGAUCGAUUCCCAUAUCAAUGCCAGUGGUAACAGUACUAACGCUAGCAACAGUAUUAACGAUAAGGACAGAGGUCUCUCUACUCAUGAAGCCGGCGACGGAAUGGUAAUUGUAAUGAUUGGCUUGCAAACCGUUCUCAUUCGCAUUAUGACACUGAUAUACAGUUAG